AUGAAUUCCCGCUGCUUCUCCCCCCCGCGCGUCUUCUCCCUCUUUUCCCGACCUUCCCAGUGUCUCGUCUCGGCCGCCCGUCCGAGUUAUCUGCGUAGCAUGGCCACCGCAGUCAACCCGCGUGAUCCGAACACGCUUAGCAACUACAACAAUUGGCGUUCGGCCCACAUCACUGCCAACUUCGACAUCCUGUUCGAGCAGAAGAAGCUCGUCGGAAAUGUCGUGCAUAGGUUCCGGUCCACUACCGAGGCCCAGUCCCGGGAAAUCAUCCUCGACACCAGCCAUCUCGACAUUGGCGAGGUCAAGGUGGAUGGCCAGCCCUCAAAAUGGGAGCUGCUGGCCCCGCUGGAACCCUUUGGCACCCCGCUCAAGAUCAGCCUCGAGAAGGGCGUCAAGCUGAACGGAACCAUCGAGGUGGACAUUGCCGUCAAGACCACGGAGAAAUGCACCGCGCUGCAGUGGUUGACUCCCGCGCAAACCUCCAACAAGAAGCACCCGUACAUGUUUUCGCAAUGCCAAGCCAUCCAUGCACGAUCCAUCUUCCCGUGCCAGGAUACGCCCGAUGUCAAGAGCACGAUUGACUUCAACAUCACCUCCCCGCUCCCCGUCAAGACGAGUGGUUUGCCUGUUCGGGACUCCUCGGCUCCGGCGGCCCAGUCUGGUAACCAGCUGUAUCGAUUCCACCAGUCGGUGCCGAUUCCGAGCUACCUCUUUGCUAUUGCCAGUGGAGAUGUCUCCGAUGCUCCAAUUGGCCCUCGCAGUGUCGUGGCCACGAGCCCGGACAAGCUGGCUGAAUGCAAGUGGGAACUUGAGGCAGACACCGAGAACUUUAUCAACACUAUCGAGAAAAUCGUCUACCCCUACGUCUGGGGUGAGUACAAUGUCUUGAUUCUGCCUCCCAGCUUCCCUUACGGUGGAAUGGAGAAUCCCAUUUUCACCUUUGCGACUCCCAGCAUUAUUUCCAAGGACCGUGAAAACGUGGAUGUGAUUGCGCACGAGCUAGCCCACAGUUGGAGCGGUAAUUUGGUGACCAACGCCUCGUGGGAGCACUUCUGGCUGAACGAAGGCUGGACUGUGUACCUAGAGAGACGGAUCCUGGCAGCUAUUCAUGGCGAGGCCUACCGCCACUUCUCGGCCAUAAUCGGCUGGAAGGCUCUUACUGACUCCGUCGAGCACUUCGGCCAUGACCACGAGUUCACCAAACUUGUGACCGAUCUGAAGGGCAAGGAUCCAGAUGAUGCCUUCUCGAGCAUCCCCUAUGAGAAGGGCUUCAACUUCCUAUUCUAUCUUGAGAACCUUGUUGGAAAGCCCAAGUUUGACAAGUUCAUCCCUCACUACUUUACCACUUUCAAAUGCAAGUCUCUGGACUCGUAUGAGUUCAAGGCAACCAUCCUAGACUACUUUAAAUCAGACGCAGAAGCAUCUAAGCUGCUGAACGAGCUGGAUUGGGACAAGUGGUUCUACGCCCCGGGCUUACCCCCUAAGCCACAGUUUGAUACUUCGCUCGUGGAUGUCGUCUAUGCCCUUGCCAAGCAAUGGCAGACUCUGCCCGAGUCUUCUUUCAAGCCCCAGGCAAGCGAUCUUGAGGGUUUGACUGCAAACCAAAUCGUGGUCUUCCUGGAGCAGAUUCUGCGUUGGGAACAGCCACUUCGCCCUGAGCUUUCGAAACUCAUGGGCGAUGUUUACGGUCUAUCAAAGAGUGAGAACAUUGAGGUGGCUAACCUGUAUUUCCAAGUUGGCAUGAAAGCCGGCGAUGAGAGCGUCAUUGAACCUACCGCGGAACUGCUGGGCCGCAUUGGCAGAAUGAAGUUUGUGCGACCUUUGUACCGCAAUCUUCAGAAGAUAAACCGCCCUGUCGCGCUGGAAACCUUCGAGAAGUACAAAGACUUCUACCACCCCAUCUGCCGGGCCAUGGUCGAGAAAGACCUUUUUGGCAAGAAGGAGAACUGA